AUAUAACUAUACUAUAUUUAGUACAAUAUACAAUUGUGAUCUAUUGGUAAUAGAAAUUCACUAAUGUUAAAUUUUGUUUCUGAGCGAAGAUCACUAGAAGGAAAUCAUUCUAACAGAACGGACUUCCAGUCAUUGAUUGUGGAACGACUUAAUUUUAUUAUUUUGAUAGUGCCUAAAAAUAUAAAAUAUUAAAUAAUAUUGAAAUGGCGUCCGAAGAUGCUACUGGUACUUCUACGAUUAAAUAUUAUACACGUGCCGAAGUAGCAAAAUAUAAUACAGCUACAAAUUCAUGGAUAAUUAUUCAUGAUAAAGUGUAUGAUGUGACAAAAUUUUUAAAACAGCAUCCUGGUGGUGAAGAAGUAAUUUUGGAACAUGCUGGACGAGAUGGAACAGAACCCUUUGAAGAUAUUGGACAUUCUAGUGAUGCAAGAGAAAUGAUGGAACCAUAUAAAAUAGGAGAAUUAGUAGAAGAGGAAAGAACAAAAAGUGACGAUAAGAAAGAACGGGACUGGGCAAAUGGUGCUUCAAAUGGAGAUAGUUCUAGUAAUAGAGAAAUGCAGUCUAUUCCUGGCUUUAAUCAUUGGUUCUUGGAGAUCCUGGCUGAUUCCUGUUGUACUUGGGGUGCUAGCAACUCUUAUCUACCGUUAUUUCAUCAGCGCACAUUGAAACAUUCCAUAAGAUUAUUAUCUUAUUUUAUAAACAUAUAUAUAUAUAUAUAUACAUAUAUAUAUAUAUAUAUACAUAACGUGUUAAGAAUUGAUUGUUGUGUAUAAUUCGGCGUGAACAAUCAUUCUAUGUUACACACUAUUGUAAUUAUUUUUUAUUGGAAGCUGUGAGAAGCUAAACAAUCAGGUGGUCUAGCAUUUAUAUUUAGAGAACAUCAGACAUAAUAUAUCUGUAUGUAUAUAUGUGUAUCAAUUAGUACAGUAUCUAUGAAGCCAAAAAUAAAUUAAUUUAAUUUA